AUGCAGACCAAAUCUGGUGCGAUCUGCGCCUCUCCUGUUGUGAGUGAAUCGUGGCUGGAGCAAAUCGCACCGCCAGCUAUCGUUGGAUGGAGUGAUGUGCCUUGUGCCGGGAAGGCGACGUUGGUCCUCUACCUCUUCCUCGUGGCAGCGCUCGCAGAGAACAUCCACAUUCGCAUGCUGGGAGCCGGGGUUCCACACUAUGGCUGCUGCUGGGACGACCCGGAGUCUCGGUACUAUCUGCGGGACGGCAUGUUGCUCGUGGGUCUGCUGUGGCUCGACCGGGCGCUGCGGCGCUGCCGUCCCGGCUGGAGCCUCUCGAAGCGCCACGUGUUUGUGCUUCUGAUGGGGAUCAUGAGCCAGGCGCAGCAGCCAGGGCGACCCACAGCGCCGCACAAGUUCGGCCUAGUAUGGUCGGGCAUGUGCCUGCCAAUGAUUCUCGCUCUCGCCGCGGCAACCUUUGCCGUCUCGCUGGUGUCGUCGAUGCUGCACGCGGAGGAGGGGACGAUCCUCAUGCUCGCCGGCGGCUAUCCCUUCCGCAAGCUGCAGUUGGGCCUGACGGCGCUUUGCGUGGAGCAUGUCCAGUCGUGGUUCGCGGAGCACUUUGGUCCUCCCGAUGAGGCGGGCAUGCUCUCUCCGCCCUAUCCUGAGACGGUCAACACCAUCGCCGCCGUCACGUACAUCGAGCCGACGCUAGCAGCCUUUCUCAUCUGCUGGCUCUGCUGGGAGGCGCUCGAGCUCGGCAGCGCCUUGUUGUGGCGCGCGCUGCGCUUCCCGCUGCUGUGCCUCGUGCUCAGCGGCCGGCUCGUCGACCAGCUGCUUUUUGUGGCGAUGGCUGACGAGGUGCGGCUCGCGGAGCAGCUCGUCGGCACGCCGUUCGCCAACGCGGCGCCCGCUGCGAAGGCGGCGCUCAUCAUGAGCCAGUUCACCCUCGAGGGCGUCCUGCUCGGCGUGGCGCUGCCGCCGGCGGUCGAGACGCUCCUGCGCAAGGCGGCGGCGCACCGGGAGGCGAAUGUGGGCGCCCAGAGCCGGGUGAAUGUGUGA